AGAAGCGAACUUAUUAGCCAGGGUUAGGGUUUCUCAUAGCAAAGCUCUCUCAUUUUUGUUUCCCUUUGCCCGCAGCCGCGACACACACCCUCCAGAGAGCUCAUCAACCAUGGCAGAACAGACCGAGAAGGCAUUUUUGAAGCAACCCAAAGUGUUUUUAUGCUCGAAGAAAUCUGGGAAAGGGAAGAGACCAGGAAAGGGAGGGAACCGCUUCUGGAAGAGCAUUGGUUUGAGCUUCAAGACUCCUCGUGAAGCUAUUGAAGGAACCUACAUUGAUAAGAAAUGCCCAUUCACUGGCACUGUUUCCAUCAGGGGUCGUAUCUUAGCUGGUACUUGUCAUAGUGCCAAGAUGAUGAGGACAAUCAUUGUUCGGCGGAAUUACCUUCAUUAUAUCAAGAAAUACCAAAGGUAUGAGAAGAGGCAUUCAAACAUUCCUGCACAUAUUUCUCCAUGCUUCCGUGUGAAGGAAGGGGAUCAUGUCAUUAUUGGGCAAUGCAGGCCAUUGUCAAAGACUGUGAGGUUCAAUGUUUUGAAAGUGAUUCCUGCUGGAUCUUCUGGUGGUGGGAAGAAAGCUUUCACUGGAAUAUAAGGUGUGAGUGUGUUCUGUGGUAUCUUUGGUGUAGGAAUCUAUGGAGAAGAUAUUAAGAAGUUGUUGAACUGCCUCUAGAUUUGAAGGACUUUGACUCUUAGAUGUUUUUUGUUAUUGUUUUUCUUUCCUUUCACUUUUAUGUUUGGAUUUUGUUAAAUUACGACAUUUAGAAUUUUGAAGAUAUCCUUUAUUAUAUAUGGUUCUCAAAUAGGCCUGGAAUUUUUGUUGCAUUAGUAUGAGCAUGCUUUCCAA